GUCACGAGACAAGAACCGAUGAAAAAGACUGGCCGAGAUGGAGCGUUUUUGUCUUUGUGCGCGUAUUUCCUCUUUUUCAGUCACUUAACUAAAUCGAAGUUUUGACGACGUGUCGGGCAUUAGCUACAUUACGGACGCAAACAUCAGUCUUAAAGUCUCGGCACUCGUUGAAGUUUUGCUGCCUACUUUAGCUUAGCCUAGCUGGCCACUGGCCGCUAACAAAGCGGUGAGGCAUAUCGUCAGGCAUUUAGAAAUCAAGUGGGGAAUAUGUUUGCGAGAACUACACCCGCUGCAGAAAAGUUCCAAGAGGAUCUUUGUGGAGUGAAAGAGGAGCCCCCACGUCCCCAAGAUUCGACAGUGAGCAAAAAAAUGCCCGCAAAGGUUGUUCUUCCCAGAUUCGAAGAUCUAUAUGUCAGCCAAGCCCAUCGACUUGAGAACCAGGAGUCUGCAUGCGUCAAGGGGGAGGAGGAAGAGUCGCCACACAUCAAGGAGGAGGAAGAGUCCGUUCACAUUAAAGACCUAUAUGUCAGCCAAACCCAUCGUCUUGAGCACCAGGAGUCUCUAUGCGUCAAGGGGGAGGAGGAAGAGUCCCCAUACAUCAAGGAGGAAGAGUCCGUUCACAUUAAAGGUUUCAGAAAAUAUCUUUUUGCUGAGCCAGAAUCUCCUGGCAUUAAAGAGGAUGUUGAGCUCCCCCAAAUCAAAGAGGAGGAGGAGGAGCCAGAGCCCUGUCAUCAGAAGGAGAGAGAAGAGCACCUUCCAAUCAAAAAGGAGGAGGAGGAGCUGCCAUAUGGUAAAGAGGAGGAACAUAUUACUAGGUUGACUGGUGAGCCCUUGAAAAGUGAAGAUGUUCUGAGUGAGGCCAGCAGAGGGGCGGAGCCUCCAAGCGAGGGGAGUAGGAGCAGCUCAACAGAAGGAUUGCAAGCAGACAUUGACAUUCCUCCAUCAGACAGAGAUGGCGCCAAGUCACACUCACCUUACAAUGAUGAUGGUCAUAUGACAUCUCACGGUGACAACAAAUUCUGCAAAUGCUCUCAGUGUGGUAAAACCUUUGCUACUAAGCAAAGCUGUUGUAACCAUAUGAGGAUCCACACUGGUGAAAAGCCUUUUGCCUGCUCAGUUUGUGGUAAAAGAUUCCGUUGCAAUAUCACCUUAAAAAGACACACCAGAACCCACACUGGCGAAAAACUUUUUGCCUGCUCAAUUUGUGAUCAACGAUUUAGGCACAACAGCAAUUUGAUAUCCCACACAAGAACCCACACUGGUGAAAAACCUUUUUCCUGCUCAGACUGCGGGAAAGGUUUUGUUCAGGCGGGAGACUUAACAAAACACACAAGAACCCACACUGGCAAAAAAACCUUUUCCUGCUCAGUUUGUGGUCAAAGAUUCACUCAAAAAGAUAGCUUGAAAAUACACAGAAGAAUCCAUAUGGGAGAAAAACCUUUUCCCUGCUCAGUUUGUGGUAAGAGUUUUGUUUAUUCGGGAGACUUAACAAAACACACAAGAAUCCACACUGGCGAAAAACCUUUUUCAUGCUCGAUUUGUGAUCAAAGAUUCAGUCAGAAGCCACACUUAAAACGACACACAAAAACACACACUGGCGAAAAACUUUUUGUCUGCUCAGUUUGUGGUCAAAGAUUCCCUCAUAAAGAUAGCUUGAAAAGACACACAAGAAUCCAUACUGGAGAAAAACCUUUUACCUGCUCAGUUUGUGGAAAGAGUUUUGUUUAUUCGGGAGGCUUGACAAAACACACAAGAAUCCACACUGGCGAAAAACCUUUUUCCUGCUCGAUUUGUGAUCAAAGAUUCACUCAGAAGCCACACUUAAAACAACACACAAAAACCCACACUGGUGAAAAACCUUUUUCCUGCUCAGUUUGUGAUCAAAGAUUUGCUCGGAAGCAACACUUAAAGCGACACACAAGAACCCACACUGGCGAAAAACCUUUUUCCUGCUCAGUUUGUGGAAAAUGUUUUGUUCAGUCGGGAUACUUAACAACACACACAAAAACCCACACAGGUGAAAAACCUUUUUUCUGCUCAGUUUGUGGACAAGGAUUCACUCAAAAACAAACCUUAAAAAGACACAAAAGAACCCACACUGGCGAAAAACCUUUUUCCUGCUCAAUGUGUGGACAAGGAUUCGCUCAAAAACAAACUUUAAAAAGACACAAAAGAACCCACACUGGUCAAAAUCUUUUUCCUGCUCUGUUUUUGGUCAACGAUUCACUCGGAAAGAUCGAAUAAAGAGACGUGUGUGUUGAUGUGCGAAGCAGUGGCGAAUGACUGUUUUGCAUGUCAUCUUCAUCAGAUUUUUUGCCCGUAGGACGAUUGUGUUCUGUAGAGCUUCCUUAAAUCCUGUUGAGGAGUGGCACUUUUGUUGCAAUGCUUUGUCCAAUUGUUGUAUGAUGUACAUCCACCCUAUUCCCUAAACCUCAGCUGAUCGAACACUCUCAAGUUUGUGUGCCUUCUCAGUGGUUUUUCUUUUCAUUCCAGCACAUGACUCAGCUGGAUGGGCGGGACUGUGCAACACACGUGUGACACAUUAGGAGCGCAUAUUCUAUAAACACUCCUAUCACCAUAUGCGAGUGUCGGACGAUUGGUUAGUUUGUUGUACUUUACUUGUUUACCGUAUUUUUUCGGACUACAAGUCGUACCUGAGUAUAAGUCGCUCCUGCCAUAAAAUCCCCAACGAAGAGAAAAAAAACAUAUAUAAAUCGAACCGAUAAUAAGUCGCAUUUUUGGGGGAAAUUUACUUGAUAAAAUCCAACACAUAGAACAGAUAUGUCAUCUUGAAAGGCAAUUUAAUACAAAAAUACAAUAGAGAACAACAUGCUGAAUAACUGUACAGUGUACAGUGCAUGAACAACGAAAUGCGAAUAUACUGUCCUCACCAGGACGCUACGGCUCGGUCCUGGCUAUACAGCGAACUCCCAAAUGACGAUGCUGGACGUCCGUAUAAUUUGCUGAAUCAAUUUGGUCCUUGAUACCAAACAGGUUCACAUCAACGUAAAUAAAUGAUAAUUAGGUGCUUUUACAGCAAUGAUAUAACCGGUUAGCAUGCGUUCGCUAGCAUUAGCAUAUCGUUCAAACAACUAUACAACUAGCUCUAAGUGAUCGCGGGUGGAAAACACACAACAACAGAAAAGAUGAUACACACAGGUGUUGCCUCUGUGGAGAUAUUUUAAAAGCAUAAACAAUGAAUGUAGGUUUGCAGCCAUGUCUCUCUCUCGCUAACUCCCCCACUCACUCACAGCUACAUAGCUGUCAGUCCUCUUCUGGCGUGUGAGCGCUCUUCUUCACGUAAACAAGUGCGAGUGCGCCCCCACGUGGGCGUGAAAGCGCCACAAACGAAAAGCAUGCAUUUCAAUGUAAAAAAGUCAAUAAUACAAUUGAACACACAUUGCCAAAGGCAGAACAUGAACGUGGCCAUAGCUAUUAAGAGUUAUUCAGAUAACUAUAGCAUAAAGAACUUGCUAACAAGUUUACCAAACCAUCAGUGUCACUCCAAAACACCAAAAUAACAUGUGAAAUGAUAUCAUAAUGUGUCAAUAAUUUCACACAUAAGUCGCUCCUGAGUAUAAGUCGCACCUAGGCCUGUCGCGAUAACAAAUUUUAGUGAGCGAUAAAUUUUUGCGAUAUGCGAUAUUAUUGCGCCCCACCCAAAAAAUAGUUUUUUAACCGAUUUACAAUAACACAGUGAGAAUACAGUAUAUAUUAAUCGAUCAAGUACACCCAUUUAAACGCAAUAAAUGUUUUCUUUUAAAUUCAAAAAUCCCUUUUAAGAAAUCACAAAAACAAUUGACCAUGCCUCUUUCAAGUAAAGACAAUAUUAACACAACACAGAAACACAUAAUAAAUAAAUGAAAAAAAAUUUUUUUUUUUAAAUUUUGCACUUAAUAACUAAGGCAUUUAGGCACAUAAGUAUAAAGUUGCAGUAACAGUAAUUGCACUUCAACAACAACAGAGAACAAUAGACUAAUUAAGUUGAAGUAACAAAAAUUUGGCUCUAAAAGGUAUCAAAUAACACUAAACAGAGGUAAAAUGGUCUCAUUUCUUCAGCAAUGUAGCAGACUUCACUUUCCGUGAGGGAACGCUAUUUUGCGCGGUGUCGUCUGUAUUUCUCACAUCAGGCGAACACCUCUAAUUGUCAAUUAACGCGACGAGAAGGCUCCGCUUGUUGCGAUGCAAUUUUCCUACUAAGCAGUGCAAACUGCAGAGUGUGAUAAUGUUUCAAAUGAGCAUGUAGAUUUUUUCUGUUAGCCAUCUUUGUUGAAACAACCUCCAGAAACAUUUUGCAGACUGGUUCGUCCUCUUUCUCACUCCGAUCAUCAUUUCUGGGCGCCGACAGUGCACUCGGCCCUGCCUCCCUCCAUUGAAUGACGGUCACUCAAGCUCAAAUAUGUAAAACGAACAUACCCAGAAGUCAUUAAAACAGAGUGAGUCCUCAUCGCGUAGUUGGCAACAAGGAAGCUCAACUUUAAAUAGCACUGUCAAGCACGUCUGCCACACAUCUGUCGCAAGCAUGCGCGCACGCACAUUCACGCAAGGCGAUAAAUCGCAGCGGGAAAAUUACUGUCUUCAUUUUUAUAUACUGCGCGAUAAAUUGAAUUAUUGCAUAUUGUGACAGGCUUAGUCGCACCCUCAGCCAAAAUAUGAAAAAAACGCGACUUAUAGUCUGAAAAAUACGGUACUUUGUUUUUUGCCUUUUCUGGCCAUCGACGCCUUUCCCUUGGUUCUCUCGCCGACUCGGUUUGUGCCUCUUUUUGUUUGUAUUUCUCACGUGUUCUGGGGUGCUCCCUUGUUAUUUUAGUUAUACUACUCAAACUUCUUCAUCUGUGUUGGAUCCAUAUGAUACGGCUCGCCGUUUCAUGACAAAGUUAAGUAGCAUUAUAUCGUACUCUCCCUUUCAAACUACACUUUUCACAUUUAAUAUUUGAAACAGAAGACUCCAAAUUCCAAAAAUUCAAAAUCAUUCAUAAAUACUGUCAUUAAAUAAAUAUGGAAAGUUAGAAUAUAUUGUUCAAUAUUGCAAAAAUACUAAUUAUAAAAAGAUAAAAAAAUAUUGUUGUAUAGAGUUCAUUUUGCCUACACUUAUAUAUUCGCCAAACCCUUUCUUUUAUCCCAGGCAAAUAGUAGGUAGUUUUAUUUACCUGACAUGUUUCGGCGGGCACUUCCGCCUUCGUCAGAGGGUCACUGAUGUUGUUGUGACGCGUCUUUAUCAGCUGAUGGAUGAAUGAAGGCGUGACUCACCUGUCAGAGUGACAGGCGAGUCACGCCCUCUGCUGCCCAUUCACUCUUCCAAGAUGCUGUUCCAGGUCGUAGAGAGCAUGUAUGCCCCCUCGUCCCUGUUGAUGGUCCUCGGGCCCCGCUUGCGGAUCUCAAUGGCCUCCCUGAUCCAGCGCUGAUGUUUGUUUUCUUCAGUGCGGAUGACUCUGGCCUUUUCCCAGUCCAUGAUGUGGUUUUCCCUUUUGCAGUGAUCGGUGAUGGCUGAUUUGUGAUGUUCUUGUUGUGAUUGUUCCUUUAUUGCCCUUGUUUGUCUCAUUGUUGUCUCCUUUUCGCAUUCCUUCUUGUGUUCUGUUUUUCUUGUAAUGAAGCUCCUCCCUGUCUCCCCGAUGUAUGAUUUAUUGCAUGAUUUGCAUGGGAUUUCAUAUAUUGAGUUGCAUUUGUUUUCUGGAUGGAUUUUGUCCUUUGGGUGGACCAAUAUCUGGCGGAGUGUUGUGUGUGGUUUGACCGGUGUGUUUAUGUUGUAUUUUUUCAUGACCCUUUGGAUACGUUCCGUGACUCCCCUCAUGUACGGCAACGUCACCAUAUCUGUGUGUUCUUGUUUUGUUUGUUUUUUCCUUACCCCCUGUGUUGUGUUGUUCUUGUUUUUGACCUGUGCUGCACCUUUUUCUAUUGCCCACUGUGGAUACUGACACCUUUUUAAUGCCUGUUGUAUAUGUUUUUCUUCCUGUGUUCUGUCUUCCGGGUCCGUUAUUAUUGUCAUAUGUUCGUAUAGUGUUCUGACUACUGAUAGUUUGUGGAUAGUGGGGUGUUCCGAUGUCCAUAGAAGGUAUUGGUCGGUGUGUGUGGGUUUCCUGUGUACUUUUAUUUUGAUGUCGCCGUUGUCUGUGUGAUGUAUGUUUAUGUCCAGAAAGGCUAUGGAUUGAUCUAUUUCUUCUUCAUGGGUGAAUUUGAUGCUGCCGGUGGUGUCCAUGGUGUUGAGGUGGUCUGUGAGUCGUUGUGUAUGUCCUGUUUUUACUUUUUCCAGAAUGUCAUCUACGUAGCGUUUCCAUAGUGUGGGUCUGUAUUCAUCCGGAGCUGUCGUGAGUGCUUUUUGUUCUAAAUCCUCCAUGAAAAAACCGCACAUGAUGGCAGACAGUGGGUCCCCCAUGGCGAAUCCUUCUUUUUGCCUGUAAAUUGUGUUUCUAUAUUGGAAGUAUGUGGAAGUGGCGAUGAAAUGAAGUAGCUGGGUGAUGUCCUGUACUGUUAAAUUUGUGCGUUUUUUGAGUGUUCUGUCUGCAGUUAACCUGUUGUGAACUAUAUGUAUAGUGGCCUGUGUAGGUGUUUUGGUGAAGAGGGAAAUGACAUCAUGUGAUAUGAGCAUUUCACCUUUCUGUACUUUUAUGUUUGCGAGUUCUGUGGCAAGUUGUUUUGAGUUUUGCAAUGUUGAUCUGUGAGUCCCAGUAAUGGUUUUAUUAUUUCUGUGAGUGCUUUUGAGAGGUUAUAUGUUACUGAUCCUAUGCUGUCUACUAUGGGGCGGAGAGGUGUACCUGGUUUAUGGAUUUUUGGUGUGCCGUAGAUCCUGGGGAUGAUGUUUGCUGUGGGUAGUAAGUAGUUGUACGACUGUUUGUCUAUUUUCUUUUCAUUAAGUAAUGGUUUGAGUAGUUCUUUAAGUUUGUUCUUCUUGUUUUCAGUUGGGUCCUUUUUUAACACCUCAUAAGCAUCAUCCUGUAGUAACUGCUGCAUCUGCUUUUCAUAUGUGUCCGUGUCCAUAAUCACUACUGUUCUGCCUUUGUCUGCUGGGAGGAUUGUGAUGUCUUUAUUUUUGGAUAGUGUCGCGAUCGCUCUUGCUUCCUGUUUGGUAAUAUUGCUGGGUGGUGGUUUGGCCGUUUUUAGUAUUCCUGCUAUUUCAUUACGUAAUGCUGCUUUUUGUCCUGGGUUGUGUAUUUUUUCGCAUGCUAGUUCCGUUGCUAAAAUAAAUUCCUCCUGCGGUAUCUUUUUGGGUGUGACGGCGUAGUUGAGUCCUUUUGACAAUAUGCUGCGCUCGGCCUGCGUGAGAUUAUGUUGUGACAUGUUUUUAAUCCAUUUAUCGUUAAUGUGUGUGUGGUCCGGUUCUGCCUUCUUUUUCUGUGCAAUGAGUCUGUCCAGUUUGCGGAUGUGUCGGCAUUUGGUGGUUGUGAAUUCUUGUUCGUGUAUAUUGUCCAAGUGUGCGCGUAUUGUUGCUACCUUGUUGUUGUCCAGGGGAAAUCGGCGUUCAAACUGCUCCGUUAACCGCUGUAGUUCACUGUUGAUGUUGUUGAGUUUACUGGUUGUGCAUCGUAUCGGUUCUUUGACCAGAGUCAUCCGCACUUUUCUGAUAAUCCGCUCCGCGUUCCUGGUUGGGAUCGGGUUCUUGAUGUUCAGGCUAGCCGGUAUAACUUCCUCGUCCCGGCAGCGCAGGUUGAAUUUCAGGUGGUUUCGAUAGCGCGCCCGUUUUCUCGUCAGCCUUUCUAGGAGGCGAAACUCCUUGACGCAAUUUUCGCCAUAACUUUCUCUUAAUAGUUGUAUAGAGUUCAUUUUGCCUACACUUAUAUAUUCGUCAAACCCUUUCUUUUAUCCCAGGCAAAUAGUAGGUAGUUUUAUUUACCUGACAUGUUUCGGCGGGCACUUCCGCCUUCGUCAGAGGGUCACUGAUGUUGUUGUGACGCGUCUUUAUCAGCUGAUGGAUGAAUGAAGGCGUGACUCACCUGUCAGAGUGACAGGCGAGUCACGCCCUCUGGUGAGAUAUAAAAAAUAUUGGCUCACAAAUUAGUUUUUUGUGAGGGGAAUAACUUUACCUUGGCGAAAAAUGAAUUUUUACUAUACAAAAACUGUGCAAUGUUCUAAAAUUCAAUUUGAGGUCGAAAAUGAAGAGGGUUAUGAUGAUAGUUCUAAAAUAGUGCCCAGUGGGGAAAUGACAGCUGCAGAUUUAGACUGUGGAGUCCAGAAAGGAAAUCUUUGGUGUCUUCAAAUAGGUAGGAUAUGUUUUGUUGCCAUAAUAUCUGUUGUUGCUGUUGAGCUUCCGGCGUGCAGAGCACUGUUGGCUAUUUAUUUUAGUGUUGUGAAAAGGGGGAGUUAAACUAAGGCUUAGUGGACCAUUUAGUUUUUACAUGUGUUUGUGUGUUAUUGCGCCAUCUAGUUGGGGGGGUUUGCACUUUUAUUUCCAGCUCCAGAACGAUAGGUGAAGUAGAACACGGUCUUUGUAGUAGCCUAGUAGUAGUACGUAAACUAUCCGGCAUGCGUGUUGUAGAAAUAUAUUUCCAUUUAUUCACAAUAAUCACACAUGAAAAAUGCCACUUUUCUAACAUAUUCACACAGGCCCCUUUUGUCUUUUUACCAGUGUAUGUAAUUUGAUCAGGUGCGGGGGGUUUUACAUUCUAAGCAAGAGACCCUCCCCAGUGAGAAGGGAAGAAAAAGUGUAGGAGCUGAAAGGCGGAGGGCACUUUUUCUUUGUCUCCUGGUACCAGUAAUGUCUUGUCUUUUCUGUUUGUCUUUAAGUCUAAAUUCUUUGUUCUUUUUUAUUCCCGAAUUCUGUGUCAUCAUCUCCUGUUUGUUGUAAGAAUAAAACUACAUGUAACAAGGAUAAAUCGACUCUUUUCCUUCAGUGUGUACUGCCAUCGUGCACGCUUGGUAUGGAGAAAACACGCGAGCAUGACAAAUUUAGAUCGAAACAGCGGUUUUUGGGAUGACGAUGGGAAAAACUAAAACAGAUCCUCAGCACCCACUGCUGUGACUUCCAGCGCCCCGUACCAGCCCCGCUGAUGAAAAAAUCUCGACUCUGCUUCGAACUUUAAAGGGUAUGUCAUGCCCUGGGAAAAUGUUAAUAUUCCAUCAUUUAUCCAUAAACGCAUGCCUUUUGUAUUCAUAUCAUGCCACUUCGUGUAAUUACACACAAGAAAAUGAGAGAAAUUUGGCUCGAUUGUCAAGCUAAAACGACCGGCGCCCGAGAUCUGGCAGAUUGUGUGCGUGACGUCACGACAAGUGAAGAGAGUGCCACCGGCCACUAGGGGGGCAGCGCCUGUCUGCAUCAAUAUAAUUCCUUCUAGUGAGGGGAGAAUUAGGGGUGUUUUGAGCUGUUUAUGCUGAUGCAUUGUGUUCGUCCUGCACAUAUUCCAGGUUCCCUCAUGAAGAAACACCCCUCGUUGUCAAUAAAAGAGAAUUCAGAAUUGACAGUGAGGGGUGUUUCUUCAACAAGAAAAAGGCUCAGUGCUUUAAUACUGAAUGGCGGCGAUGAUGGCAGACAAUUUCGUUUCUAGUUUCAGCGAUGAAUCCGACGUAGAAGGACGUAACGAAUGUUCAUCUAAUGGUGACGAGGAGAGUUACGAAGCUUUAAUCGGUGUUUUAGGUUACCAAUUUGAGCCCAAACGAACGCCAAUGCAGCGUAAUGAAACGGUCAUUGCGGGGAGCAAUGACACUGAUGAAACAUAGGCAGCAGAUCGUGUGGGAAACACCAAUGAUUUGUUUUGCAUUUCUUUUUGUGAAGCUGAUACAACGUGACUGCAAAAUAAAGGAACGCAUAGAAUAAUUACCAUUUAUUGCUCUAUCAUAGCUUUUCGCUCUGCCAACAGACACAAAUAUGAAUGGGAUCAGAGGAUUUGUUCUAUAUAUUUUACGAACGAUAAUUUAUACAUAUGUCCAGUCCUGUAUCCAAUGCGUGACAUUUUUUUAUUAAAAAAGAGUACUCACUCUGGCCAUUUCGAGCUUGGCUGCUCCCCUCCUUUGCUUAGCCUUAGCCUCCUUUGCCACUCAUCGUCCUCUUUCUUGAUAUCACGGGACAUUUAGGUAGCUGCGCGUGUAUGGUCAGCACCGCAUCUCCUUUGAGCAGCAAUCUUUUAACAAAACCCGAUUUCACUCGUCCAUAGUUCGAGAAGCUUUCAGGUGGAAAAUCCGCACCACAGAAAAGCGUGCCGGAGGCUGUGUCUAGAAAAUUAGCCCUCUUUGCACGGACGAACUUUACCCAUUGUCUGCGUAGUCCAGCUUUUUUUUUUCGCGUUCGGGAACUCAUGGAUACUAUAUUCCGAUAAAUAACUAUUUGUACACCACAUAGCACAGCAGUUUUGAACCAUUUUUGUGAUGCUUUAAUUAAACAAACCCCAACGCUACUCUCUCGUCGUUAAAAAACAAUGGCACCUGGCUGCGCCUCGACUGUCAAUCACUUGUCGUGACGUCCCCGCCCUAUUCGGCUGUUUCCGGAACACUUUCGGGAAUAUUCGUCAUUUUCGAUCUAUUUUUGAUAAUUGCUCAUUAAUGUGAUUGAUUUUUUUGUUAACUUUAUCAAUAUUUGUUAUCUUGGCACAUAACGGUUCUAUUGAUGUCUCACACCCCCUUUGCCGCUACAUACCAUUUAAAGUGCUUGUACCUCACCGCCCUCGUUUAGUUUUAUUCAAAAUUAUUACGUUUUAAUUCAGUCCAUUACUAUGGAGAUAGAAUAGUGCCAAAAGAAGUGAAGUUGUAAUGACAAAUUUUCACUUGUAAAACAAACAAACAAACAAAAUUGUAUUCCCAGAUUUUGCGUUGUAAAAUAAACAUGAAAAAACAAUGUAAUAAAUUGUUCUACAAGUUGUUUUUUUCUGUUUGCAAGGGAGUUUUUUUGUUUUACGGAUGUUUUUCCUUUGCUACGGGUUAAAAUUAGCCAAUUCCAAGUGUACAAGUUUUGUCACAUUCUUGUUGAGUUUUUGAAGCCAAAAAGUUGCCUAUAACCUUGUUGUAAAAAAAAAAAAAUCCCUGUAAAAUUACAAAUUUUAACUUGUAAAACAAGAAAAAACAACCUGUAUUCCCAAAUUUUGCGUUGUAAAAUAAACAUGAAAAAACACAAUGUAAUAAAUUGUUCUACAAGUUGUUUUUUUCCGUUUGCAAGUGAUUUUUUUUGUUCUACGGGUGGUUUUUCUUUGCUACAGGUUAAAAAUAACCAAAUACAAGUGCACAUGUUUUGUCUCUCCCCUGUCGCGUUUUUAGAGACAAAAGUCACCUGUAUCCACUGAUGAAAAAAACUUGUACAUCCAAAUAAUCUGUUGUAAAACACAAUCACAAAAAUACUACUCCAAGUUGUGGUUAAAAAAAAAUAGACGUUUGUAGAGGAUGAUGUUGGAUGAGUCUUUUGGCUCGUGAGUAGAGCUCGUGUCUCAUGUUCGGCCGCUCGUGUCUCUCGUGACUCUCUAGUCCACUGCCGGAAAUGCGCAUGGCUAAAUAGUUCCCCCCAGGAACACAACAUGCCCCACACAAGUUCCCUAGGUGAAUUCUGUGGGUGAAUCCCACACAGGACGCCAGGCGUAACCCGAUUUAAUGGAACGGAAUGGUCGGGUUGCACGGCCGGGGCACCGGUGGAAGACGACCGAAUGGACGAUCAGUAGGACGUCCAGGUUGCCAGGUGUGGGAUGACCGAGUAGGACGAUCGGGAGGACGUCCGGGAUGCCAGGAGAUGAACGACCUAGUGCGACGAUCAGGAGGACGUCCAGGAUGUCAGGCGGUGGAUGACCGAGUACAAUGGUCGGGAGGACAUCCGGGAUGCCAGGCAAUGGACGACCAAGCAGGACGAUCAGAUGGAUGUCCAGGACGAGGCGCGCCUGUCCGGAGAAGCGGACGCUGAGAGAGCCGACAUGUGUUGCUCAGCCGCGUCCGAGUAUGAGGUUGAGACGUGCGACAUGCAGCGCCACCCAGUCAAGGCUGUAGACAAGGGAGACAUUCAAGUGACUUUUGUUUUCGAUUGAAAAUAUAUACUUUGAUUGAAGGAACCUUUCUUUUGGAUUGACUAAGACAUACACAAAUCUACCU